AUGACAUCCUAUAUUGUAUUUCUAUCCCCAGUCAUGAUAUUCGACAGCAGCGGAUUCAACAAGUACAUAACACCCUUCAUAUUUCCUCACAUCAAUUUGCAAACCAGCUACACUCUAGUGCUCGAACCUGACACUGAGAUUAAAUUAGCUGCUAGACACUCAAGCGAAACAGUCACGUUAAGGAGUAAUAACAAGAGGCUUUUAGAGAUCCAUAGACACUGCGCCAGGCCAUGUGUUAUACAAAGCGUGAAAGAUUUCCAGGUUGUGAUGAUACUGGGUGUCGUAACGAGCAAAUCUGAUCCCGAUUCAAUUUUAAUGUCGCCAUCUUUACUUCAACUUGUGCCCACUGCCAUGUUUUGUUCGGAGUACAUGUACACGACUCCUGGCUCUCCGAACGACCCUUUCAUUCACUAUAUGUCUAUCAUAGUGAGAUCUCCCGUCCUGAAUCUAGUUACCCUCGACUCAAGGCCACUAGAAAGCAUUAACUGGCACUACGCCGAGUGCACAGACCUAUGGAUGUCUGGAGCCCUUAGAAUCCUCGAAGGUCGGCAUCAAUUGGAAGGGCCGAUAGACUUCGACCUUGGUUGCUAUGUGUACGGGGUAACAAAUGGCCUGGUGUAUUCCACUCACCUGGAUAUCAAAACCAACCCGAGACAUGACAACGGUGAUGCUUACAUGUCAUUCAGCAGUGGCACUAUAGAAUACUAUAGAAAGAUUUGCAAAAACGAGACUGCCAACGAAAAUGCUUUAAUCCCAAGCAGCUUAGGCGUUGUAGAUGGAGUCAACGUCACCUUUCUAGUGAAUACGUUGCGUAGAGAUGAUUGCACACUUGAUUACUUCGGUAAGAAUUGCAUGCACGAGUGUAAGUGUAAGAGCCGGGCGUGUAAUAACAAGGAGUCGUGCUUUGAACAUGGGUGCGACGAUGGAUACUUCGGCUACCACUGCUUGUUUCGGGACGUAGCUACCAAAGCCUCAAACGUGUCAGGGAUAAAUUUAAACAGCACAGCAUGUUCGAGAACUAACUUGAUCGAGCUGGUUUUCAAAGAGAUUAUUACAUUCAAUUUUCUGUUUAUAAAAACAGACCGCAAUGGGCGUAAUAUCGCCGGUCAAGGAUCGUUGACGGUGUUAACAAACGAUAAAAUAAACCAAAUCCUAACCCAGAUCGCCUACAUCCCAGUCAUGGAGCUGGGCCAUUGCUUGCCGUUCCCCGUGGACUCCUUAAGCAUAGAAUGGGUUAUGUCGUUCCAAUCGUCAAAAGAUGUUUACUCUAUCAGCGUGCAUUUGAAAGGAAAGAUGAAAUUUAACGAAGGGUUCACAGUUCUUCUCUACAACACCUCUGACACACAAGCUUUCGUGUACGGUUCUGAUGAAGAUUUUACAGCCAUUCAUCAUAUACAAGUAAGGAACGGGCGGAGGAUCAAGAUGAUUAAGUUCAUUCCGUUUGGGAAUCUAAAGCUAUGCAAAUUUCAAGUGUAUGGUGAUUGUGGUAAACCUUACAAUGGAUUGGAUUGCGACGAGACAUGUAGCUUAACCUGUCUGCUGGACAGGUGUAACUUUGAUAUGACCUGCAUCAGGUGCAAUAUCUACAGAUAUGGGCCUCAUUGUUUAGAAUCCACAUUCAUUUGGGAAUUCAACUCGACGAAGUACAACGACAGCAUCUUCGCCUCUAGGAUGGAUCCGAAUAUCAGCUACGAGGAGAAAAACUUCUGGCGGAUUUUGCCUAUUCUAAUUAUAGCUGCAGUGAUAGUGAUCUUCGCAGUGGGUAAAUGUUUUUCUAAAAGAAAUCCCUCGCUUCAUACUUCACAGUCACAGGCGAAAGUUAAGCCCCAGAAAAAUGAUAAGUAUUACAUGUACCAGUAUCUGUAA